UCUUGUAUUAACACUUCAACUGAAAAGUUUAUACAUUUAGUCAACUUUGUAGUUGAACUGUCAAAAUGCUUCCUCUUCCCUGUAGCCGAUUUGCAAAGCGUAAUAGUGCAGUUUCUUUCCCAUGUUCAGACCAACAGGUGGCGUAGGAGGUGGGGUACCGGGAAAUGCACAGGUGAAGACUGGUUCCCUGCAACACACAGACAACUAUACUUGGAAUACGGCAGAUAUCCUGGGACGCGGGGCAACAGCCACGGUUUUCUUUGGGAGGCACAAGACGACUGGUGACGUCUGCGCGGUUAAGGUGUUUUACGAGAGAAUCUCGCAUCACAUGACCACAACGAGACAACGCGAGAUUGGCUCGUUACGAACCUUACAACAUGAGAACAUCGUCAAACUGCUUGCUCUUGAAACUGAGACGAGUACCGGAAACGAGGUUUUGGUGAUGGAAUACUGCAGCGGAGGGUCCCUGUACUCCAUGCUGGAGCAGCCACAAUACGCAUAUGGCUUCCCAGAGACGGAGUUCCUACUCUUCCUAAAACAUAUAGCGAACGGGAUGCAGUACCUACGUAUGAAGGGCUACAUUCACAGAGAUAUCAAGCCGGGAAACAUAAUGCGAUACAUUGCGGAUGAUGGCAGGUCGUUGUAUAAAUUGACUGACUUCGGUGCUGCACGUGAACUUCAAGAUGAUGAAACGUUUACCUCCAUCUAUGGGACUGAAGAGUAUUUGUUUCCACGGAUGUACGAACAAGCCGUGUUGCGGCGACCUGGGGCCCAGAAUUUCGACGCAUCGGUUGACAUCUGGAGCCUCGGUGUAACGAUGUACCACGUCAUCACUGGCAGGCUCCCGUUCCAGCCGUUUGGCGGACGUAACAACGCUGCUACCAUGCACCUUAUAACUUCUAAAAAACCUGAAGGAGCUAUUUCCGGUGUACAGACUACUUCAAACGCUCCAAUCCAGUGGAGUCAUAAACUUCCUGAAACUUGCCAAUUGUCCAGGCAGUUACAAGGGCGUCUGGUGCCGAUGUUAGCCGGCCUUAUGGAAUUGGAUGCAGAACGGAUGUGGACAUUUGAGCGAUUUUUCCAGUCCGCUAGUCAGCUGACGUCCAUGCUUCCCAUACGCUUGUUCCUGUGUUGCUCAGCGGAACACUGUGCGCUCUAUGUGGACAAAAUGGAUUCGUACUCGUUGCUGCAAGAGCGCAUUGCGGCAGAGACUGACAUAUCUGCAGGGGAGCAGUUAAUUCUAUGGCACGAUACAGAGCUAUGUGAUCUUGUUGACCAAACAGCGCCAAUUCAGAACUACCCGAAAUCCAUAACGGGGGCAAGACUCUAUGUGAUAAAUAAACAAAUCAUGGAAACUGGAAAACUUAUGUUAAUGUAUGUCCCGGAGUUUCCGGAUGUUUCGAGAUUUGACAAUCUUGACCUGGACUCUCACGCAGCCAAACGGGCGGCAGCGGUCGCAUGUCUGCUCCAUACGUCAGUCCAUCGGUGUCUUGAACAACAGAAACACAUAUACAAGGGCGAAUUGCUCUUCAGGCGAUUCCUGAAGCGCAUCGUUUGGCACUCAGAAUGGAUCGUCCCAGAAAUGAGGAUUACUCUACAGGAGAUGUUUUACCGACAGGAGUCAUUUUCAAAGUCUUUCAAUCUGUUACUGCAAUUGUUUAGCACCCUAGACAACUCUAUGCAUUUUGAGGACCAUGUAAUAUCAAAGGUUGGUCUACAUUCGGGAAUACGGGAACCUGUUCGACAACUAUCAACUUGUAUGCAGGACAAGGCCCUUCAAGAAUUUUAUACUAAGAUCUGUGGGCGUAUGGAUGAAAUCCAGAACUACGUCGAGGUCCUGGGUAAGCGGAUGGGAGAGCAAGAGAGAGACAGCCUUCGACAGGUUCACGGCUGUCUUGCGGAAGACCAUUGCUUAUCGAAAGCAGACACAUUAAAGCAGAAAUUGAUAACAAUUUUCAACACGAUGUCCAAACACAAGAAAUAUGGCGAACUGCAUUCUCACGAACAGUUCAUACAUUCCUGUGAAAAACAAAAGCAACAAGAGUAUGGCGUGGAAAUGGGUACACUGGCCAAUGACCAUUGUCGCAAGAACUUACAGAUCGCCUAUCGAGCCAAUCAGAAAGAGAUCAUAAAUCUUACGAAGCAUCUCACCCGGACUAAGAAAGUUGAACAGAACAUCACUUCAGUAAAGGAGAGUCUGCAGACAUUGAGUACACGUCUUCAACAGAAAGAACGAAAGUGUUGGAGUAUUGUUGAAAAGAUAAAUGACAUUUUGCCAAAGGUUCUCCAAAAAAGAAGUAUAAUUCAGUCAUCUUUGGACUCAAGUCUAGAACCACGCAAUAACGUUCGUAUUGAGGGAGCAGAGGGCGAAGGCAACAGAAACAAAGAGUUCUCUUUGGAAUCAAUGCGCGGUUCUCGGGAUGGAUCGCCAAGUCCAAAGAGGCAACGGACGGAACUUCUAGAAAAAUUGACAGACGAGUUAAUGUCAUUGAAGACUGACAGUGACGAAUUGAGGGUUCUUGUUGUGGAAAGCUCUGACGUCAUGCGACAAUUUUUAACGGAAACGUCAAACCUUCGUAUAGAAGGGUCUCUUGACAGUGACCAGCGUAGACUUCAACCAGACAUUACUUAACAUCCACUUCUACACACAAAGACCCUUCAACCAUUCGAACAGCUUCGAGAGUCGAGAAGCAAACAGCACGCAGUGUUUGAAGAGUUUGUUAUCAAACCCCAAUGAUGAAAUAACUAUAUAAGAUAAAACUAAGAAAGCAGUCAUGAAAAAAGUCAUAAGAAGCAUGUGUAAAUCACUCCACUGUCAAUCAGACUAAACAUAACAGAUUGUCAAUCGACGUCAAGUCUAUCAGACUAGACAACCUUCAAGGUUCAGUCUAACCGACUUAAAUUGUCAAUGUAGUUUACAUGGAUAUCAUCAUUAACAUAAACUCUCAUUUUGAUUUAAUACCACAAAAUACAUUUUAUAUAUCUAAAAAGAUGAAAGGCCGAAGAGUCCAUCUGUUUCAGUUGUCAACGUAUUGCCAUAAAUAGGUAUCGUAGCUGCUAUUGAAUCGACAAUUGAAUGUUUGAUUAAGUGAAGGGUCAAACUUACUGAAAUAUAAUUCAGUUGACCAUUACAGUUAGGGAGCCAUGGGUGAAGUCUUUAGUAAAUUUUAUUUUAUGUAGUGGGUACUUAUUUAUAUUUGUAUUGUUGUUGUUUCUUUUUUGUGUGAUUAGUGUAUAAUUAUUUGGAAUUGUAAAGAAAGUUGUUUGUUAUAAAUAUUAUCAAUCAAUGAAA